CAAGGGAUUCAUCAACGUAGAAAUGAGUUCUUGCUUCACCAUCUCCCUCUCUCUCCUCUUCUUCUUCAUAAAUUUUGUAGGUACUGAAUCAGCACCUACGUUUCUACGGCAUUACUGCCCAAAUGCCACACUCUUCACUCCCAACUCCAUCUACCAAUCCAACCUCAACACCCUCCUCUCUUCUCUCUCCUCUGCCGCCACCGACACCGCUGACGGCUUUGCCAAUGCUGUCGUCGGCCAAAACCCUCCCGACCAGGUCUACGGGCUCUUCCUCUGCCGCGGUGACGUCGACUCCGCCACGUGCAGCAACUGCGUGGCCACUGGAAAACAGGAUAUCCUCCAAAGAUGCCCCAACCGGCGAGUCUCCGUGAUCUGGUAUGAUGAGUGUAUGUUGAGGUACUCCGAUGGCUCCAUCCACUCAGUCAUGGAACAAAUGCCUUCUAUCACGAUGUACCACACCAGGAAAAUCACCAAUCCAACCCAGUUCAUGCAAGUCCUGAGAGAGACCGUGGACGACAUCACUGCGAGGGCUUCAGUCGGCAAGUCGGGGAAGAAACUUGCCGUUGCGGAGGCAAACUUUACGAGUUUGCAGAAGCUGUACACGCUCGCACAGUGCACACCGGACUUGACGGUGUUGGAGUGCAACACGUGCCUCCGGGCAACAAUCGCGGGUCUUCCACGGGCGAAGCAAGGUGGGAGGUUGUUCACUCCGAGCUGCAGCAUGAGGUUCGAGCUGUACCCAUUUUACAAUGCCUCGGCCAUGGCGGUGCUGGUGCCUCCCCCGUCCUUCCUUCGUUCUCCUCCUGCUCCCGUGACCAGACGUAAAGCACUUCAAAGCAGCACAAUUGACAGCAUAACUGCAUCAAGUCCACUGGUUCAGAACCAAACCCUUGUCUCUAGUAGUCAAAUCUUUGAGCUCGGGUUCUUCACGCCUAAAGGAUCAGCAAAGCAGUACGUAGGAAUAUGGUACAAGAAGAUGACUCCCUCCAGAGUCGUCUGGGUGGCCAACAGGGACAAGCCACUUGGACAUACAGAUCAAUCUGCAAGUUUAAUAAUUGGGGAAGAUGGAAAUCUGAAGCUUCUUGAUGGGCGACAAAACACUGUGUGGUCUACUAAUGUCAUGGCAAAGUCGAAUUAUUCUGAAGCACUGCUUUCAGACUUUGGAAACUUUGUUCUUCAAGACAGGAACGAGAAUAUAAUGUGGGAAAGCUUUGAUGAGCCAACCGACACUCUCUUGCCAAACAUGAAGAUUGGAGUAAGUGAAAAAGGAAAGAAACUAAACUUGACUUCCUGGAAAGGCGAAGAUGAUCCCUCACUCGGAAGCUUUGUCAUGGGAGUGACAUCGGAGACACCGCCUCAGGUUUUCACUUGGAAUGGAUCAAGUCCUUACUGGAGAAGUGGACAGUGGGAUAAAACCAAGUUCAUUGGAAUACCGAACAUGACCAACACAUACUACGAUCUCCAACAAGAUAAUGUCCAGGGAACCUCAUAUUAUUACCUCAAUAAUUACAACAACUCCUUCUUUGGAUAUACUUUCAUCUCUUCUGAAGGAUCUGUAAAGUCAGUUUGUUGGGCCAAUGGCUGGUUAACAUACUGGAAGGCACCGGCACCAACUAACCCUUGUGAAAUUUAUGGAAUAUGUGGCCCCUUUGGAGUUUGCAAACAGUUUAGUUCACCCAUGUGCAGAUGCUUAAAAGGUUUUAAACCUAGAUCAGAUGAAGAAUGGAACAGAGGAAACUGGACCAGAGGGUGCCUUAGGAAAAUGGAAUUGAAUUGUCAGAAAUCUGCAAGCACAGCAGCUUCAACAACUGUGGAAAAAGAUAUGUUCUGGCAAAUGAGACAAAUAAAAUUGCCUGAUUCCGCUGAUCAUUUGUUGAUAGAUAAUGCGGAAGGAUGUCAAAGUUGGUGCCUAGAAAACUGCUCGUGCUUGGCCUUUUCUUAUGUGAAUGCUAUAGGAUGUAUGGCUUGGAGUAAAGACCUUCUAGAUACUCAGCAAUUCUCCAUUGGUGGCGAAGAUCUAUUUAUUCGACUUGCGGAUGCGAGUGUGGGUGCGGAUACAGGCUGAAAUGGUUGAAUCAAUACGCUUUUGGUUUUGCACUUCCUGUGCUUCUUAUAAUAUAUUUUCUAUGGUUCAGGUGUACCUACGCGGACAAAACUUAUCAUCAGCUU